AUGCCGCGAAGAAAAGCCGCAGACCGGACGGGUCCCAUUAAGACUCGAUCUCGCGAUGGUUGCAAAGAAUGCCGGACGAGCCGUGUCCGAUGCGAUACGAAAAAGCCCAUCUGCACACGCUGCUGGGAAAAAGGCUUACCAUGCACCAAACAUCUAGUCCUGAAAUGGGAGUCGGAAUUUGCGAGUCGGGGGGUAGCCUUCGGACGUGCCGGUGUGUGGAGCAAAGCAGGAGGCAAUCAGCCCACGCCUGGCUCCCUCUCUUCGGAUGAAGUACAUGAGUGGCGCCCGUUGCCGGCGGUCAGCCCCUGGGGGUUCAUUAACAGCAGUCUUGCGACGUUCGAACGCCCGGAUGAGGUGGAUGUCGAUUUCAACGAGCUGAAUGAGUUGAUAUCGGUGACGCAAAGCUCCCAGGACACCACAGACCAACUAUGGUCGUGGUUACAACAUUUCCCACAUCUCGCUGAAAUCACUGCGAGCUACAACCUCACUCUUCCACCUUCUCUUGCAUUGUUCCCUGAGCUUUCGCAAUCGGGCCAUGGGGAGCUAUUCGAUUAUUAUCUCCAGCAAGUCUGCCCCCGUACUGCCGCCAGUUCUACGAGUUCGUCGCCAUUCGCAUCGGUGAUCUUACCCUUCUGCCUAUCUGCCUCUCCCACCCUUUUCAAAGCGAUCCAGGCACUCGGGGCAUGUCACUGGUCAAGGCUCAAUUCGAGCUAUGGCGCCAUCGGCCUGCGCUAUAAAUCGGAAGCUCUGAGGGACCUUCGCCAACGUCUUUCGUCCGAGGGAACUCUGACAUGUUCGAUGGAUCCCGAAGUGCUCGUGAUCAUGAUAAUGCUCUGUCUCUAUGAGAUAGUAGACAAAUGCGAUACACAGUGGACUAUUCACCUGAAAGGUGCCAACGAUUUAAUCCGGCUUCGGAGAAAACAGCAAGCUGCGCUGUCCAAAUCCACAGUUCCAUCAGAUCCUGUCACGAGCUUUGCAGAGCAAUUCUUCGCCUUCCAGGAUGUCAUGGGUCGCACUGCUUGUGCCAAAGAGGUAUUGUUCGGCACCGACUACUGGAAGCCCGACGAACGCAACAUCGAUCUUUGGAUGGGGUGUAGCCCUGAAUUAGUCUCAAUCUUGGCCAAGAUUACAGACAUGAGCCGAACGAGACGACAACAUACGUCUGAAGAAGACAAGUCGACCUACUUCCUGCGUGCUGCCUCUCUCGAAAGACAGUUAGAGAGCCUGGUCCAAGAGGUGGGGGAGGGAGAGGAUGAGGUUCUUGCAAUUGUUGCAGAUUCCAAACGCCUAGCGGCGAUGUUGUAUCUGCACUGUGCUCUUUAUGGGUCCGAUCCCACCACACCUCUGGUGAAGAGCUAUGUUCGACAGAUCUUACGCCUCAUAUUAGAUCUUCUUGAUCGCCAGUCGACUGCCAACGUUGCAUGGCCAGUGUUUGUGGCCUCUGUUGAGCUUGAUCCCUCUGAUGAUGAGCUUAAUCCGGAUUCCGAGACAGACUCGGGUUCUGGACGAGCGGUUGUGUUGCGCGCUUUGGCGACAAUGGCGGAUUCGACGAUUUCCAACAUCGCUAGAACACGUGCCGUGAUCACAAAGCUGUGGCAAACACGGGAUUCCGACUUGAUUAAGAGAACUGUUCCUCAAAAUCAUUGUAAUGACUGGGAAUGGCAUGUGGUGCCUAUCAGCAAUGCCAUGAGCCUGGCCUAA